AUGGCUGACACCAGAAUCUUGUUUUGGAACUGUCAAGGCGUAGCUCGGAAACGCCUUGAACUUCUCGACCUAGUCCAGAGGAAAAAGGUUGACAUUAUUCUUUUAAAUGAAACUCACCUUGCUUCAAAUAGCCAAUUUAAUCUCCCUAACUUCUUUUCUUACGCAACCAAUAGACCACUAGUGAAUGGCCACCCUCCAGCCGGAGGGACUGCUGUCCUAGUUAACAAGAAAUUUAUUCAUCACCAUGUCAAAAUCAUCACAACAUCCAUCAACAAUACGGCAAUCGUUAUCCAAAUCAAUGACGCGGAACUUACUCUUGUCUCGGCUUACAAAAGCCCAGGCACUCAACUUGUAACAUCAGACUUGGACAUCAUUCUAGACUCAGGUCAAAACGUUAUAAUCGCAGGCGAUCUUAAUGCAAAACAUCUAGCGUGGAACAGUAGGUCCACAAAUACUGCAGGUAGAACAUUAUUUAAUUAUCUAGACUCGAGGCUAGACACAACUGUUACAGCUCCUACCUCUCCAACUCGUUAUCCAACAAACCCAAAUCACAAUCCAGACGUUCUUGACAUCGCCAUAAUAAAGGCAGGUAGUCUUAGCUAUCAUUUGGAGAACCUUCCAAAUGAACUGUCUUCUGACCAUUCUCCUAUUCUGCUAGACAUCCAUCAUCGUUCUGCUCACAUAUCUCCGCCUAAACCUCGCUACAUCACCGACUGGAUUAAAUACGAACUUGAUAUGCUCUCCAAGCCAUUUUCUCUCCCUGAAAUUCUCACAGAGGAACAGGUUGACUCAGCUAUUCAGCAUCUCUCCAAUUUCAUCUCCGACAACGUAAAAAUCAACUCCACAAUCCACAACCCAUCUGACAGGAAAACUGACCUUCCACUAUCGAUCCAAUUCCAAAUUACCAAAAAACGCAGGCUAAGAUCCAUCUGGCAGAGGACCAGGAACCCGGAUAUAAAAACGCUACUUAACCGACAAAAUCGUUUAGUCAGCGAUCUCCUACAAUCAAAUCGCGACGAAGAGUGGUCCAAUUUCCUGUCCUCAAUCGAUAUUGGUCCCCAAGGGUGGUCCCGACUUUAUAAGCUCAAUAGACGACUUCUCAGGAAAUCUACAGCUUCCCAUCCACUUAAGGACGAUCAUGGUUUCCUCCACUAUGAUUCUCUCGAAAAAGCCAACAUCUUCGCUUCAAGCAUGGAAAAUCAAUUUUCUCCUCUGGCUAGUACUUCGUGGGUAGACGAAAUAGUACAAGACACCCUGGAACAACACUUAAACUCGAUAUACGACAAAAACAUCUUCUUUUCUCCAGGCGAAAUCUGGAACAAUCUUCGCAAACUCCCCAAUAAAAGCGCCCCUGGGCCUGACCUUAUAUCUAAUUGUGCUCUCAAACGUGGGGGGAAAAAACUUGCGAUCUACUUGUGUAAAAUAUUCAACUCUUGCACUCGUCUAGAAUAUUUUCCCAACCAGUGGAAAAUUGCUGAUAUAAUUAUGAUUCCUAAGCCGAAAAAAGACCCAAAAAUCCCAACCAACCACAGACCUAUAUCUCUCCUGAACACGAUGGGUAAACUAUACGAGAAACUCUUACUCUCCAGACUUAAAAGUCACAUAUUGCCUCAAAUCAGACCUGAACAAUUUGGCUUUCGCCCCCAGCACAGCACUGAAAUUCAACUAGUCAACUUCAUAGACAACAUAACAAAUAAUAUGAACAGAAGGCUAAAAACAGCAGUAACUCUCCUUGAUAUAGAAAAAGCUUUUGAUAAGGUAUGGCACGAGGGCCUUUUAUUCAAACUCCUGGCUAUGCAAGUACCUCAACAGCUGGUCUCCAUCAUUCAGUCAUUUCUCAAAGAAAGGAAAUUCUGCAUAAAAAUCGACGAUACCAGAUCUUCCCCCAAGACCAUAAGAGCUGGAGUCCCUCAGGGGUCAUGCCUCUCUCCGCACCUAUUCUCCGUAUACAUCAACGAUAUGCCAUUAUCCUCCAAAGCCAAGUUAGCCCUCUUCGCUGACGACACAUUAUUUUACGCUGAUAGCAUAUCCCAAUCGUGUGCAAUUAAAAACCUUCAAGCCCAGAUUGAUCUCUCGAUCGAAUGGUUCCAUCAGUGGAAAAUAUCAAUCAAUCCACUCAAGACCUCAGCCAUUAUGUUCAGCAACAAGCAGACUAGAGCGGGAGAUUGCGUAAAAUUUGGCGACACUCCCAUCAAAUGGUCAAAUAACAUCAAGUACCUAGGGGUCACCAUAGAUAAAAAGCUAUCUUUUAGCACUCACGUAAAAAACAUCAUCACCAAGGCUAAAGGAGCCAAACAUUCCCUUUUUCCCCUUAUUAAUAAACGCAGUCCUCUUUCAACUAUUUCAAAACUACAUAUAUUCAAAACCUACAUCAGACCUAUCCUGACCUAUGCGGGACCUGCAUGGACGGCAAAUAUUUCCAAUAGCAGCUGGUCAAAACUAGAGGCAGUUCAGUCUACUACCCUGCGUCAAAUUACUGGACUGGACUGGUAUGUCUCCAACGAAACCAUCAGAUCAUCCUUAAAGACUCCACCACUAAAAGAUCACUUAUCAAAAAACAAAGUUUCACUUACUCAACGCAUCAAAAACUCAAGCUUCAAGCACAUCUCCGACAUUCUCUCCAAAAACUCACCCAAGGAGCACUUCAUUAAAAAACCACUUUCUUAA